AGUUGACUGCCACUCUGUAACUGGAGAACACUCGAGCGCUGACAUGAAAUCUUGCUUAUGGAUUGCCUUGCUUGUAACUCUUGCUAUAGGGACGAAAACACAAGACUUUGAUCUUGCUGAUGCCUUAGAUUUUGAUAACCCGAAGGCAACUGAUAUUCCAAAACAGCCAAAGAAACCUGCAAAGGAUCCCAGUCCAGGAGGAGGAUUUGAUCUAUUCGAUGCUCUAGGUCCAGAUGAUCCUGGUAAACCAGCUGGGAUCCCUCCUAAAGAAGGUGGAACUAAUCCCAAACCUGCCCCUCCUCCCGCACCUGUAGAUCCCAAAAAACCAUUUGAUGAUGGGAUGGGUUUUGACCUGACUGAUGCCUUGGGUCCAGAUCCCGUACCGGAUAAACCAGCUGUUGUUCCACCUAAAGAUGGAGGCACCGGUGGCGGGUCCUUCGGCGACAGCGACCUGUUUGAUGUGAGCGAUAACGGUGGCUACAAGCCUGAUCCCGGCAAGGGAGGUGGUGGAGGAGGAGGAGGAGGUGGUGCUCCUGCAGAUCAACCUCAAGAUGUAGAAGCUGGAUCUGGUCAGAUCGCUGGCGUAGUGAGUGCAAUAGGAGUGGCCCUCCUUGGCGCUGCCUCCAGCUACUUUGCCUACCAGAAGAAGAAACUGUGUUUCAAGAUUCAGGGAGGUGUAGACCCAGAAAUGGGAAAGAACGCACAUGGAGGUCGGUCUGGUCCCCAAUUGAUGAGCAACUUGCUCAAGUCAUAUUAACUUCGAUCAGGUCAUCAUAGAGGAACCUCACCUAUAGCAAAGGAACACCUUCUUCCAUCAGCAGGUAUCAACUGUCUGCUGGAGACGUCAGUGGGCAAAAAAAUACAAUAAAAUCUAUAUAUAUUUUUUCAUUUGUCUUUCGUUUGGAAUUUAACUUUUGGAGAAUGUUAGUUAUAUGUUUUCUUUUUUUUGUGCGCCUUAUCUAGCUGUGUAAAGACACUUGGAUAGAUUUACAACUUGAAUACUUGUUUUUUGCAGUGAAGAUGUAUCGAUCAUUUUCAUUGUAUGUCGUUCAGUACCAAACAAUUGUCUUUAAACAUGCAGAUUUUUCAUCACUUUUCAUUUCAUUUUCAUUUCAUACUUUAGGAGGCCUAGCUAGUAUCCACAACUACAUUUGACAUUUGACUGUGUUUACAUUGCACAUAGCUUUCAUGUUUGUUUUACUUGAACUGUCUCCACAUAUAUCACAUUCUGAUUGGCAGUAGGAUCUCUCUUUUCAUCAAAUAACAGCGCUUGUUUUAAAAUAUAACCCAGGCGAGUAUGUAGUUACACAUCAAAACAAACCAUGCACACAAAGGAUACUUUUACAACUUGGCACACUCAUGUAAUUAUUAAUUGGAUUCCAUUUUAAUAGAAGGAUUUAGAAAUGUUUGUAUAGAUGAAGGUAUAAUGAAAAAAGUGCCUUAGAGAAAGGGAAUAUUUUGGUGGAUAUAAAUAGAAUGUGUAGGGUACUGUUUGGGAUGAGGAUUGGUUUCAAGCUCAACUUAAAAGCCGCAUCACUUUUUGUCUUCUUGUAAGUCAAUUGUUUGGGUUGCAAGCCACUCGUUAGUGUUUACGUGAGGAAAGAUACCAUAAAUGCACAUGGUAAUAAAAAAAAAUGCAUUGUGCAUGUUUAUUUACAAAACAACAUUUAUACUGAGAAGUGGUUAUUUUUAAGUUAUACUUGUUUAAGAUUUGUAUGUAUGAUUGCUUGAUUUCUGAUGCAAUACAGAUAAGAAUAGAAAUUGAUACCUGGGGUUGAUACCAAACUGGUAAACCAGCAUAUUCUACCAUGUCACUUGUGCUGUAAAUGCUAAUGAAGAAUGCAUAUAAAAGCGCUGCUGUUUUUUUGCUGUGUGAUAUAUGCCAUUUUUGUUCUCCUUUAACUUUCAGCACAUGUAAUUAAAACCUAUCAUGUAACUGUAACUGAAGAAGUGUUACUGCUUAUUCUUUACCAAUACAGGAAAUCAUUUGUUGACUUAGUUGAGUGUAGGUAGUUCUUUUGUGUGUUUUGAGGGAAGUUUGAUUCCUUCUCUGAAAGACAAUGGAGGGCUGUCGAUAAUGUACCUUAUUGUUGUCA